UGCCAGGCAGGAUACGGAUCUUAUUCUGUCGCUAACCCGCCUCAAUGUUCGGAGGAUAGCCGCAGUUCUCAAGGCCGAACAGUAGGCUACUAUCAAUCCUGGAACGUGCGUCAACGUGAAUGCGAUACUCUUACGCCGAAACAACUCAAUACCAAAGGCUUCGAGCAUCUUUUCUAUUCCUCUGCAUUUAUCGACCCCAACGGUUUCAGCGUUGUCCCUGCACACGAUCAUGAUGUAGAGAUGAUGAAAGAGUUUACCAGUCUU